AUGAAGGCGUCUCUGAAGUUCAGAGACGACCGCCAGCCUCUCGUGACGGCGAAGAUCCCGGUGAGCGUCCUCGGAUUCCCCUUCCUCUCCGGGAUAUCCGCCGGCGACGCGAAGGAGCUCCGCCUCGACCUCGCCACCGCCUUCGAGUCCGGUCCUUCCUUCCGGGUCUCCUACCGCCCCAACGAUUCAUGGCGGCCCUUCAGCUUCCUCGUCAAGAUCGGCGUCGGCUCUCUCGGCUCCCCCAGCGCCGCUCCGAUGACAAUGGCCGCCGAGUUCGGCCUCUUCGCCGGCAGAUCUCCGUCCUUCACCAUCCAGAUCAAGCCUCGCCUCGGCGAUUUUUUCAUCAGAAAAUCCUCCAACUCCGCGGCCGGCGACGGCAAUGGCUUUAUCAUCGACGGCGGAUCCUCCUGGAAUAAGCCUGUGAAUGGGAUCCCGAUCGCCGUGGGGAUUGGGGACCUUUUCUCUGGGGCGGAGCUGAUGUCGCAGAGCGUCCUGCCGCUGCGGAGCCAGGCGGCGGUGAAGUUCCGGUGGGGUGUGAGAAUGCCGCCAGAAACCAGAUCGGCCUUCGUGCAGGACCUGCAGAGGAAGGAUCCCGCCGGCGGCGCCGCCCUCCGCAGGCUCCCCGUUCUGGUGAUGAGUAAGGUCUCCGUCGAACAGGUACUUCCACCGGCGGCGCCCGCUUCCCCCGCUACGAAACCUGGGGAUCUCGCCGUCUCCGUGCAGAGCCAACUGGCGGCGCUCCAGGGCGAGACUGGGAUGCUGCGGAAGGCCAUGGAAGAGCUGCGUGUGGAGUUCGGUGCAAGAAGCGACGGCGGCGGGGGCAGAAACGCCGGCAGGGCAUCUCUACCGCCGAAGAACGGGAGGACGUACGAAGGCGGUGGCGCCAGCGCUGGCGGCGGCGGAGGAGCCAGCAAGAAAGACGUGAACGAGGAGCUCAGGAAGGCCCUGAUGAAGGCCGCCGCCGGCGACCCCGCCUGA